UCUCUCAGUAAUGCCAGGGAACGCUGAAAGCAAAGGGAGUGAGUCAUAAGCACAUGAGCUGAAAGAAGCUGAAGACAAAAUCAUGCAUCUCUGCUUAAUUCCAUCACAUGAUGAGUCCCGGGGCCCUUCAUUUAAUCGGAGAGCAGAGCGGCGGGGAAGCUUCACUCUCACCUCCCGGGGGGGACCGGAGGAGUCUCGGCGCGCAGCUCUCGGCAGGCGCGGACCCGGCCCGGCUCUGGGAACCAUGGGCGCUGCUCGCCCCCUCGGACUGCUGCUCCUGGCCCAGGGGCUGCUCUGCGCUGCCGCCACACGGUUUCAAGAUGUGUUGAACCAUGGAAGUACUUCUCCUGCCACAUCCUACAAGAAGCUACAAGGCUGGUCUAGUGAUCAAAAUAAAUGGAAUGAAAAACUUUAUCCUUUCUGGGAAGAAGGAGAUCCCAGAUGGAAGGACUGCUGGAAAGGUGGAAGGGUGACAGCCAAACUGGACAGUGACAGCCCAGCACUGGUAGGAUCCAACGUGAGCUUUGUUGUGACUCUCCAGUUUCCCAAGUGCCAGACAGAAGAUAAUGAUGGCAACAUCGUGUACAGGAGAAACUGUACCCGGGAUCCUCCAGCUUCCAUGGAUCAGCAAGUUUAUGUCUACAACUGGACUGAAUGGACUGACAACUGUGGCUGGGAAAACUGCACAAGCAACCACAGCCACAAUGUAUUCCCAGAUGGACGUUCUUUCCCUCAUCACCCGGGCUGGAGGAGAAGGAACUUUGUCUAUGUGUUUCACACUUUUGGUCAGUAUUACCAAACAACGGGACGAUCUUCAGCGAAGUUUUCAGUGAACACAGCAAAUAUCACUCUUGGGGAACAUGGGAUGGCAGUGUCCAUUUACAGGAGAGGGCACUCGGGAUUCGUUCCGGUUGCGAGAGCAAAAACCACUUACUCUGUGACAGACAAAAUUCCAGUAAUUGUGAGUAUGUUCCAAAAACAUGACCGCAACAUCUCAGACUCCAUUUUCAUCAAAGACUCACCAAUUACAUUUGAUGUGAAGAUCCAUGAUCCCAGCUACUAUCUGAAUAAUUCUGCCAUCUCCUACAAGUGGAACUUUGGAGAUGGAAGUGGCUUAUUUGUAGCCAGUGGUUCUAGUACAUCUCACACCUACACUCUUCAAGGAAACUUCACUCUGAAUUUAACUGUUCAAGCCAUUAUACCUGUACCUUGCAGGCCAGUAACACCUACUGCACCACCACCCACCUCAGCAGUUACAACUGGACCAUCUUCUGAUUCGGACUCUUCUGCCACUGUCGAGUCAGUGGAGGACAAUCCUGAUGGAGGCUGCCAUAUUUACAGAAAUGGAUACUAUGGAAGUAGUAUUGCUGUUGUAGAGGGAAUCCUCGAGGUAAAUAUUAUUCAGAUGACAAACAUCCAGAUGACAGAAAGUCAAGCUGAAAACUCACUGGUUGACUUUGUUGUUACCUGCCAAGGGAGUCUCCCCACAGAUGUCUGCACAGUAGUUUCUGACCCCACCUGCCAGGUGUCCAAGAGCGUGGUAUGUGACCCCGUCGUCGUCACGGAUGAGUGUUUACUCACCAUCAGGAGAGCUUUUGAGGAACCUGGGACAUACUGUAUAAACAUCACCCUGGGUGAUGACACAAGUCAGGCCCUUGCCAGUGCCCUGAUUUCUGUAAAUGGAGGAGCAUCAUCUGGAACAACAGAAGGUGUCUUUAUCUUCCUUGGCUUGUUGGCAGUGUUUGCUACCAUUGGGGCAUUUGUCCUUUACAAGAGAUACAAGCAAUACAAGCCUAUUGAGAGGAGUGCAGAACAAACAGAGAAGCAGGAGGGAUUUACUGCUUACUUCAGCACUUUCAAAGCCAUCUUCUUCCCUAAUAGCACUGAGAGAAAUCCUCUGCUGAAGAGUAAACCGGGCAUUGUUUAAACCUUUAGUGUAACACUGACUAUUAGAUUAAGUACAGCACUUGUAUCUGAACUGUACUUUAAUGGGGCUUUCUUCUUGUUAUAAAAAAACCCCAGGGAGUAAGGUGACAGCACAUGUAGACAGGAUGGUAACUUUUGGGGCUUGGUGCAAUUAGCAACAUUAAAGCAGUCUUUUGUAGAAAAACGAGGUAGUUUUAAGCACUUGCUGUUCUUGCUAAUGUAGGAUACACUCUUCUGAAAUACUAAUACCCCCCCACCCCCACACCCUUAUCUGGCUUUUCUUAUUUCUAGGUUAACAACCUGUAAAAUUAAUCACAUCCAUAAUCUGGAAGGGGGGGGAGAAGAGGUUAAUUUAAAAAAAAAAGAAAAAAAAUACAAAAACCCCCACCAACCAACCAACUUGUAAACACUUAGUUUUUAUUGCUGCUUACUGCCUUAGCAGGAUUCAUGUCUUUGCUGUAAAGAGAGACAUGGGGGGCAGGCACGUGUUAUGUCUGUGGAAUGAAACGUGCCAUGGCCUAUUCCCAGGCACUGGCACUGAGCUGCUGCCACUGUUGCACUGCUCAGGAGGUCCUAGCACAGACUUGCCCCAGGCGAGCCAGCUCCCCGCCAAGCAAACCCUACAUUCUGGGAACCACCAGAGGCACAGCCCCCACUGUGAGUUUGGCAGCAGCCACCCUGUUUUUCAGGGUUCAAUAGCAUGGGUGCAGCUCAUUAAAUGCCAGCUGGCCUCAGGGCCAGAAAACAGGGCUGGACACACUUAGCUUCCCACUGGACAUGGCUACCAAUGCAUGAGUCUCGCUAUAAACUAGACCACAGACACCCAGGCAACAAGAUGAGGUCCAUUGGCUUGGCUCUUCCUGUUCAAACUUUGAGUCCCAUGUAAAAUUCUGAGUUGCAACUGCUGAUGCUGCCUUUGCCUCCUUUGCUUCCAUUGGUCUUGAGACACUGGACUGGCACCACUUCUCCCAAGGGGCCAGAUAUGAUCCAUGUCCAAUGAAGGGUCAGCAGAAGAAGGGAUCUAGCAGGAAGGGGUAGCAUUCAACUGCCUUUUCCUCUUCUCUUUUCCUUUCUGUCUUUCCUGCUGUAAAGAGACAUUAAUUUUUGCUUGUUCCUCCAUCCCUCUGAACACUAAAUCAAAGAAAUGAAAACCCCAAGAUAAAUAAAACACUCUGCUCCAGUUUCUGCUUUUACAUGAUGCACCUUAGAAAAUGUAAACUCAUGCAAAAUUAAUGUGCCUUCACUUGUUCACUCUAGCUGCAAUUCUGUUAAAAGAACUCAUUCUGAGGCCUUCACAAGUGAUCUGGCCUCACAGCCACACAUGCUCAUCACUCAGCAUCAUGACAUUUCACAGCGUGAGACCAGCACCAACUGCUGAAGGCUGGCUCACUGGAUGAUGAGAAAAGGAGAGCAUCUUAUUUGCAGAAAGGGAAGAGGUUGCUAGAAAGUUUCAUGGAGAUGAGCAAACAGACCAAAAAUUCUUUAUAGCUCAUGUUUCAAAAAACUCCUUUGCUGUUAGCAAAGGUUAUAGCCAAAAUGGAGGCUGGGCAAAUGACCUUACACAAUCCGUUUCUAAACACUGAUUUAUUUGAAGAUCUGUAUUUCAAGAUAAUUAGCUUAUUUAACAUGUUUUGAAACAUCUCUGAUACAUACUGUUUUCUAUUCCCGUGGCAAUACAUAAUUAUAAACAUAAUUAUAAACAAAACAUAAUUAUAAACUUUCCUAGUGUUUUAGCAAGUCUUCAAAAUGCUUAUCAUUUGUAAUCUGAAUCUAGUCUUCACUGCCCCUUCCCAGUGUGCACAGACACCUUUCAAUGACUUAAGGAUAUUUUAAAAAAAUGCAGAUUCCAACAAACCUGUGGGAUUAAUUCUUUAGCUCUGAAAUUCAAUAGUCCCUUUUCUUCUUUUUUUCCCAGGUUCUCCUAUUAUUUUAAUUCUUCUGUGGCUAUUUCAGCUGUAUUAUUAAAAGCAGUGUAUUUGCUAUUGUUCCAUCUUCCUCACAUGUAACAUCCUAUUGUUUAAGAAGAAGCAUCUCAAAUUAUUUUCUGACUUAAACAGGAAACACAUUUUCUGCAAAAAAUUACUGUUUAAGCAUUGUGUCCUCUGUUAUCAGUCAGGCAGGACUGUAAUUUGUAUUUGUUGCUCUAGCUUGAGGCAGGACAGGGGUUUAGUGGAAAGCUUAAGAUGACCUGUAAUGAAGCAUGAAAACACAAAAUCUGUCACAGCUUAGGAACAGUGAAGAUGCAGGCUACCACCUGGGCUACAUGCAGAAAACUUCUUGUUUCUGCAAAAUGCUGCAUCUUAGAUGCUCAGAGACAUCUUAAGCUUUUGCACAGAAAACAGCUUUCAGGCAUUCAUUAAGAACUUUUUUAUACUUUAACCUAAGUAUUAGGAAUAUCUUGCACUGUGUCCCUUUAAGUGCCAUGCCAGAAUACUACAUUUUUAUAUUACCAUUUUGCCUUUUCAGCUGUAACUUCUAUUUCAUACAUCUUUACUUUUAUACAAUGGAAUUUAACUGCUGCACUGACAAAUAAACCAUGUAAUGAUUUUAAA